UUUUUAAAUGCUCGGGUCCCUUGCCAACAACUUUGCAUUCUUCUGACUCCCUAGAUCAGGGAAAAAUCAGUCUUGCAGAGGUCAUUUGAACAUGUGCGCCAGCCAUUUAUGUUUUCAGCAGCCUUUAAUUUUUUUUUAAUGGCUGCCGCACACGCUCAAAUGGUCCCUGUGAAGUCCUAUGCCUUGCCAGGCCUCGCAGAGGCCUUUUGAGCAUAUGCAGCGACCUCCAAAAUGGCCACCACACUGAUCUUUGUAGGCCCAAACAGGCCUGAAAAUUAGCCCGGAAUGGGCUGCGGAAAUGAUCUAAGAGACUGGCGGGGGGAGGGGGGACCCUUGCAGACCCCCCCACCGUGGCCCUUAGGAAGCUCCCCGAAGGGGUUACAGGUUAAAAAAAUAUCCACGAAUUGUGGAGGGGAUGAGGGGCAGCAUGGCACUGGCGCCCCCUCCCCGGUGGCACCUAGGGCACGUGCCCUGGUUGCCCCCCCCCCCAGUUUCGCCUAUGAUGGUCUAUCUUCUUUGGGUCAAUGAACCUUAAGUGCCCAUGUAGCUUAGUGGAAAGUAAUCUUCUAUCUUGAAGACCUUUGUUCUACAACUCUGGUAUCAGCUCAUUGGUUGGACUUUAAAAAGAGACUACUUCUCAGCCUCUGUUCCCCGUGAGUUAAAUGGGCAUGUUGAAAAUGGUCUCACAGGCAGGUUGAAUAAAGGCAGUCAAACUUUGCAGAUUAGAAUUUACUCUCCGCAUGAUUAAUCAUGUUUUCAGUAUUAUUUGCUGUCAUAUUGACUAGGAAAUUGUGAGAAUGUGCAUGGAAAUGUAGCCAUUAGAAGUGGGCUGUAGCUGAGUGGGCGUGUUAGCAAUGAUUGUUGCUUGAAUGCAUUCUUAGCACAUUGCCUUCUGCCAGGCCUCUUAAGCACAUAGCAGUCUUUGCCCUGUGGCUGCUAAGUAUGCAAAUAGGUGUGAGACAAGGAUGGAGAUUGGUGCUGGCUGCUGAUUUCAUACAGGUGUUAUUAGUAUUCCCCAGAAGGAAAAGGGAUUUAUGGGAUUCUCCUCAACUGUAUUCUACCAAAGAAAAACCACAGGACUCUGUGGGUGCCAGGAGUCUAAAUUGACUUGACAGCACACUGUACCAUUGCCUCCUAGUUGAAAGGCUGCCUGCAGUGUUCAAAACACAGUCUAUAUCUUUUUCCGAGAAAAGGGGGUUAGGAAAAGAGGCAAACAGGCAUAUUUGCAGAAAGGUGGGAAGUUAAAUGCCCAUCAUGAUAAAAGAUGGAUUGUGGGCAGAGAAGUCGUAUAUAGCAAGCUGUGGUCCUUCAUGCACAGGCACAUGCUGUCUCACACGCUGGAUUUCUAUCAGCAGCUGCCAAGUGCUGACAAAGGAUAGCAGGUUUUGUUUCCACUGUCCUGAAUGCAUUUCCUCUUUCCCUAUUAUUUAUUAUUUCUUGUUUGCACAGUCAGACAGGUGUUAUUGACUGGUUUGUUUUAUCCAGACAUCAAGUCCUUCCCAAGGACCUAGGAUGCCAGAAUUUUAUUGUCAGUUGUUAUAGAUAUCGUCGCAGAAUAUAGGCUGUUCCCAGUAAAGCUGCUUUUUGUAAUUGGCUGAUGGUGAUUUCUGUGGCCCCUAUGGUGUUGAGGUGCUCUUCAAGGUCUUUUGGAACUGCACCCAGGGCGCCAAUUACUACUGGGAUUAUUUUGGUCUUUUUCUGACACAGCCUUUCAAUUUCAAUUUGUAGAUCUUUGUAUUUGGUGAUUUUUUCUAUUUCUUUUUCUUCUAUUCUGCUAUCCCCUGGUAUUGCUAUGUUGAUUAUUUUCACUUGUUUUUCAUUAAUUAUCAUUGUUGUUGUUGUUAAUUCAAUUUCUAUACCGCCCUUCCAAAAAUGGCUCAGGGCAGUUUACACAGAGAAAUAACAAAUAAAUAAGAUGAAUCGCUCUCUCCAAAGGGCUCACAUUCUAAAAAGAAAAAUAAGAUAAACACCAGCAACAGUCACUGGAAGUACUGUGCUGGGUGUGGAUAGGGCCAGUUACUCUCCCCCUGCUAAAUAAAGAGAAUCACCAUGGUAAAAGGUGCCUCUUUGCCCAGAGGAAUGAAUGCCAUUCACUUAUAUGGAAGAAAGUAAAAGAGUACACUUGGGAACACCAUUGGAGUUGGGGUUUGCUCCCUGAGCUGCUUGUGACUGCUGCUGCAGCCACUAAGAUCCAAGCUUGCUCCAAUAUGCACAUUGUUUCUUUUGUCAUGCUAGAGUUGUUUAAAAGCUAUUUUGAGAAUAGCUUUUCAAAAAUGUAGAUAAUUAUUAAUCUUUCUCUUCGCUUCUUGGGGAGUGAGUGAUUACUCACACUGCCAUGUGCCAUUGGUCCCAGUUUGCUUUAAGAUUUUGCAGGAGGGAAAGGGUUAGGGUUCAUCACUCUGUGACUGAUAAGGUACUCUUCUGGUCUCAGCCUUGACAGUCUAAUAACAUGUUUGCUGACUCAGAGAGGUGAGCCACACCUGUGACUUUAGCUAUCCAGGGAGUUCCUUGAUGCAGUAUCAGAUUAAAGCAAUCUUCUAUCAUAGUUGUUUUUUAAAUAAAGGUUCUGCUUCAUUCUAAUUUCCUUCUUAGUGCAGCCAAGUCUGUAAGCUCUUCGAUUUCUUUGUUUCCUCUGAGUUCUUUGUUUACUUUUUUCCAGUCCUUACAGGAAGUCAGAGCUAAAAUAGGUGCAGCCUUUGCGAAUGUAAUUGCCAUGUGGAGAGCCUACAUUCCUGCUGUUUCUCUUGGGUGUGGAUAGAUUUUUUUCCCCCUGCUUCUCCUUUGGUCACUGAUGUGCUUUUGGCCAGCAAAGAAAGUGUCUUGCCCCUUUCAAAGGGUCGGUCUUGUUUGGCACAGCUCUCUGCAGCCAUGCUGAAGCAGAUCCUGUCAGAUAUGUAUGUGGAUCCAGAGCUUCUGGCAGAGCUUAGUGAGGAGCAAAAGCAAAUCUUGUUCUUCAAGAUGAGACAGGAGCAGAUCAGAAAAUGGAAGGAAAGAGAAGCUGCUACUACAUCAGAGAUGGCUCCAAGGAAACCAGCACUGAGGAAAGCCCAUAUAAAAUCUGUGCAAUGGAAGCUUGGAGCAGAUGGUGAUGUCUGGGUGUGGGUAAUGGGUGAGCACUCAUUGGAUAAGCCGUAUGACCAGCUUUGCGGUGAAAUCCUUGCAGAGAGAGUGAAGCAGCAAUCUCUUCAAGAUGCAGAAGCAGUAAGAAGUCCAGUAGAAGUGUUCACAGGGUCUUCUGCAACGUUGUCUCUGCAUUUUCCACCAGAACUCGGGUCAGAAAUACAGAGAGACUGUAAAAACCCUGUGGAAUGGAACACGCAGAAAGGUGUGAAAAAAGCACAAGUUGCUGAAAAUGCCAGAAAUCAAGAACGUAUCCAGCCUCCUGUGAGUAAACCGAGAGGUGUAGAGCAGAUGUUGGCAGAUUCUGUCAGUCAAUCAAGGAAGUAUGGCUCUCAGCAGAGGAAAGAAGAGCUAAUGAGGACAACCAUGAAUGAGAUCAGAGCACAAGGAGAAGCAACCCCAAAUCUUGUCUAUGAAUCAAUGCAGAAAUCGGACAAGGAAGAUCCUGAUUGGCUGGAAUCUUUGCGGCGGUCAAAAGCAGCCGAUGAGAGGCGAAGCUCCCUUGCCAGACAUGCACGGGAUGACUACAAGAGGCUGUCUUUGCAAGGUGCACACAAGGGGAAAGCAGCUGAAGUUUCCAAGACCUCUAAGACAAGAGAGCAGAGGCAACUGGUCCCUCCACCCUUGCCACCAAAGCCUAAGCACCUCUUUGCUGGAAUAGCCAAUGGGAAACCAGACAGAAAGGCAGUGCAAAGGACUUUUUCCAGUUCUACUCAGGAGAGCAUCAUUCAGUGGUUUAAGGAAGAGCAGUUUCAUCUCCGGGCUGGCUUUGAGAAAUCGACAGACAGGAUAGCACCUUGGUUCCAUGGUAUUUUAACCACUAAGAAAGCAGAAGAAGUUCUAAGUGGUUCAGCACCUGGCAGUUUUCUGAUUCGGGUCAGUGAAAAGAUCAAAGGCUACGUCCUCUCAUAUUUGUCGGCAGAGGGCUGCAAACACUUCUUGAUAGAUGCUUCUGGGGAUUCCUACAGCUUCCUUGGGGUGGACCAGCUGCAGCAUUCAACAUUGGCUGACUUGGUUGAUUACCACAAGGAUGAGCCUAUCACAUCUUUAGGGAAGGAGCUUCUCUAUUAUCCCUGUGGCCAACAGGGCCCAGAGCCCGAUUAUCUUGAUCUUUUUCAGUGAAACCUGAAAUGGCCGUCCUUUCCCAAGUGAAAGUACUUCCUUGAAUGGACAAAUAUGCUUUUUGUGACAGAAGCAGAACCAACAGCUAUCAGUUAUUACAAUCACUUCUUAAAUUGCCAAGUUAUGAUGCAAGCAAGUGUGUUUGAAAAUCAAGAAGGAAAGUGCUUUUGUAUGCUGACGGUUACCAGCCAUGGCUGUGGACACUCCAUCAAGCUUCAAAUGAACAGGAAAUAAAAUGCUAACAAACUAAGGCAAUGGCAAAAUAAUAAUGACAUUGUGAAUUAUAGCAUUAAACUUUCCUUAGACAUCUUUCCUUGGGUUAAAUCCUGCCCUCACGCAUUGCUGUUAAAUGAAGUGCCAUGGGACAUUUCCACAGUAUAAUUUGUGUUACUCUCUGUGAAUAUAUGCAGGGGUAGUAUUGUUGGUGAAAACCACAAAUGCAGAAGUAAUGGAGGUUCUCUUCAUAACAGCUGGACUUGCAAGAUGCUGGCCCUUCUCUGCUCCCAUGAGUCUGUGGGAAUGAAUGUAAGCUUUGCAACACCUGAAGCUAUCAUAUUCUUGGGACAACAUCUUCCCUACAAGAACACAGAACAUAUCCACUGCCUGAAUCCCAAUGUGAUGUUCUAUAGUUCUUCAUCAGAUUCAGGCUCAUGAUGGAGAAAUGAGAGAGGAAUUCAUCCCAGCUGGAUAAAGAAGAGAAGCAUCUGUUUGCCAAAAUAUAGACAUGUUGGCUGAAAUUGUGUCCAUUUGCUUUUUAUAUGCAGGAUCUGGAGCUCCAACAGUUUUCACUGUACUUUGUUUUUAAAUCUUCAGUAUUACCCUUAUGUAUAAUUAAAUGUGUCAGGAAAAGAGAUCUAUAUUUUCAGCACUGUCUAUAUUUGAUGCUCCGUUUUAUGGCUGGGAGUUGAUGUGCACAUAUUUUCCAAAGCUCAGCUUCAUAAAGGUAAGGAAACACAAGCCAAGUCAGCAAAUAUUAAUGUGAAAAUCAUUGUCUAUUAACAUAACUGAUUAUUUCAUAUUACGCCAUUAGUUGAGGAGUUUCCAGUUAUACAAUAAUGUGAAUGGACUGCUUACAAACAAGCUUUUUAAUGUUUCCAAACUGUUUUGUUUUGUUCUGUGCACUUCUGCAUUGAACUGCAAGCAGAAGGACUACUGUUCUUCCACACCAGAGCCAGUAUAGUGCUUCUGUUCUGAUAUAUAUUCUGCUUUGUUGCAUGCACAAAGUCACUGAGGGGAGGCAAUGCAGGUAUUGCAAAUUCGAUCCCCUCCCCCUUCCUUAUAUUAAAAACAGAGAGAGGGUUGUAUAUGUGUGAGGCAGAGCUGCUUUUACAAAAUGGAGACUGGAAUGUGGAAAGGAGCACCACAGGUGGGGGAGGGGAGAGAUGUUUGUACAUUUACAAGUGAAUUUCCCCCAAUAAACUUUGUUGUUCUCAUUGCAGCCAGA